AGUUCUACGUCACUAUUAUCUUGAAGAAAGUUGGGUUGAAAUUUAGUUUACAUCCGUAUGUGAAUCUAAAGUAUCGAUUUAGCAGCUCAAUUUUUUAAAUUUAUAAAUACAAACGUAAUAGAUUGAUUUAGUCGAAUGUGUUAGAAAAAAGUGAAAUAGUAAAAUACCAAUAAAAAGAAAAUAAUAUGACUAACAACGGAUCCUUUAUUCAAAGAACCUGUCUUCCUUCUGAGAUGCUACAAUGGAAUGAUAGAAAUAUUAUGUCAGUUUUGAAAAAUUGCCUGGGAAAAGAGUUGAGUAAAGUAACGAUGCCUGUUACUUUAAAUGAGCCAUUAAGCUUUUUGCAAAGGAUAUGCGAAUAUAUGGAGUACGCCGAAAUAUUAAAUAAAGCCAAUAAGGAGGAAGAUCCUGCUGACCGAAUGAAGCUCGUUGCAACUUUCGCUGUGUCGGCGUUAGCAUCAAACUGGGAACGUGUUGGAAAACCAUUCAAUCCGCUUUUGGGAGAAACGUAUGAACUGCAAAGCAAUGAUUUCAAAAUUUUAUGCGAACAAGUAUCACAUCACCCACCGAUUUCUGCUUUUCAUGCCGAAUCUUCUAACUACAAGUUCUAUGGAUCGAUUAACCCAAAAAUAAAGUUCAUGGGAAAGAGUAUAAAUAUCCAGCCCAAAGGAGUGGUUACUGUUGAACUAACCAGAUGGAACGAGGCCUACUCGUGGAGUAACGUUAACUGCUGUGUACAUAAUGUAGUUGUAGGUAAACUAUGGAUUGAACAGCUUGGGACAAUGGAAAUAAAGAAUCAUUCGAAUGGUUACCGCGCCAUUUUGGACUUUAAAGAAGCCAGUUCUUCCAAAGAGGCUAACACAGUGCUUGGAAUUGUUGAAGAUGAUGAAAAAAAAGUAAGAUAUAGGUUAUUUGGAAAAUGGAACGAUUUUCUUAAAUGUGCAUCAGAAGAAGACUACCAACUCUGUAUGCAGCAAAAAAACGUUAACGAAUCAAUGUCAUCCCAUGACCGAAACUCCAGGAAAUUAUUUUCAAAAUUGAACAGUUUUAAAAUGCCAUCAUUUUUAGGCGCGAACAUUCAAGAUGAUCUAGUUGGAACAUCAGAGCUUAAGUCUUUAAGUCUGAACGAAGAUGCUGAUAUAUCUUCUGAAAUUAAAUCAGCUUUAUUGUGGAAAUGUAAAGAGCGACCUGCUUAUAGCUCAAAGUAUUAUCAUUUUACAGACUUCGCGAUGCAGCUUAAUGCUAUCAACCCAAUUGCAACGCAUCCUUUGUGUAACACCGAUUCAAGACUGCGGCCAGAUAUACGAUAUCUCGAAGAAGGUGAUGUAACAGCCGCAUCAGCUCAAAAAAACAGAUUGGAAGAAAAACAGCGUGGUGCGGAACUAUCACGGAAAGGACAAAAUAAUGACCCAUGGCAGCCCCGAUGGUUCAAAUUCGAUGUCAAUCCUUUAACAAAACAUGAAGAUUGGAUGUACACUGGAGGUUAUUGGGAAAGAAGCCAUGAAACUACAUCCCAAAUUUUUUAAUGAAAUUUGUAAAAUUGUGUACUUGUACUUGUGUAAAACUGUUACGAUCAAAUAAAACUUGUUUUGUUUAAAAUAAAUUAAAGGACAGA